AUGUCGACGUUAGGAACGAGUUUUUAUAUUGACUCGCCUGUUCUUCCCGAGCAGGAAGACAUGGCAUCGAGGUUCUCAUCAGCUGCAGGGGUGGAGCAGGCGAUGCUCGCCGAAUAUGGCGGACAGGAGUCGUGUCCUCUGCAGGCGAAAUCUUCUAUUUUUGGUGGAUCUUGGAGUCCAAUCUCGACCCACCCUCCAAGCACAGCCGCUCCGACUUACAUUCAUCACCCUUACACCAGCGGGGACUGCGAUGGCAUGUUUACGCGCUCCUGGGCGUUGGAUCCGGUCUCCGCGUCCUUAUGUUUGACGGGAUUACCAUCGACAACCAUGCACUAUGAGAUCAAACCCGAGCCUGUUAUCGGGAGUGCUGAAUGUACAACUUUGGAGACGCACUCUGCUCUUUUGUCUGACAUUGGGAAUGAAGCAUCCCUCGCGGAGAUUCCUUGCGAGACCACGUCCACGAAUGAGACCGCUGAGGAGAGCCCGUCAACAGAGGAGAGGAAGGAGACAGAUACAAGUAAGCAUUGCAGUGAUACCGUUAUGGUCCAGAGACUAAUCAAGAAAAGAGAAAAUGUUACUUUUGACUCCAGGAUGUGGAAAAAAGGGUUAAAUUUGUUAGAUAUGUAGGUAUAAAAAAUAGAGCAGGCUAUUCUCUGUAGAGGCCCAAACUGAAAACCAGUCUUGGAUGUUUUUGGCAUGAAUCUGUGUGUGCAAUUAAAUAUACACAAUCACAUUUUAGGUUGAAACCCUUUAAUGAAAAAUUCAACAGAGUUUGGUGAAGAUAAAUCAGAUUUAAUGUUACGGUCUUCUCAUAGGUUUACGUUCUCCACAACCUGUACUAUUCUUGUUUUUGAGUCCUGAUCUGAGAACAUUUUUAAACCCUGUUUUCAGAUAACCCUUCAUCCAACUGGCUUCACGCAAAGCCCACCAGAAAAAAGCGCUGUCCCUACACAAAGCACCAAAUUCUCGAACUGGAAAAGGAGUUUCUGUUUAACAUGUACCUCCCACGGGAUCGUAGGUACGAAGUAGCCAGAGUUCUCAAUCUGACCGAGAGACAAGUGAAAAUCUGGUUUCAGAACCGCAGGAUGAAGAUGAAGAAGGAGAACAAAGAUCGGCGGAGGAGCAGUUAA